ACGUAAGGAACGUGUUCGCCAUAAUGAUAAUAAACGGUGAACACAAGGAUGAAAUAACCCAAAUUAAGCUUUGCCUGUGAAACAGUGACCAAUGCGUUGAUAUUCACCAAAGUACUGUGAAGUUGGGAGAUAUAUUGUUCCAUUCAAGUGUUGAUAUAUUCGAGGAAAUCAAGCAGGAACUGACUGGUACAACAAGACUGUGUGAUGGCGUCAGCGUCUGCCAGCGUGGACUCAAAGGCAGAGUUGACUGCUCUGCUAGAACAGUGGGAGAGGGAGCAACAAGGCAGCACACAGGAGCUGGUCAACAUCCUUACCAAAAUCUCGGAGCUUGUUGAAAAGGAAACAGAAGAAUACCACAAAGCAGACCCUGACCCUUUUGAUGAUAGACAUCCAGGAAGAGCUGAUCCAGAAUGUGUAUUAGGCCACCUCCUAAAGAUACUGUUCAAGAAUGAUGACUUCAUGAAUACAUUGGUGAACAGCUACGUGAUGACCAGCAGAGAAUUUUCCCUAAAUGCAGCAGCUUGUCGCCUGCUCCAAAACAUCAUGCCGGGGCUGGAGACAGCUGUGGUCUUUCAAGAGAAGGAGGGCAUUGUUGAAAGGUUGUUCAAGUGGGCUCAGGAGGCAGAACAACCUCUCAGAAUCUAUGCCACUGGCUUGCUGGCAGGAGCCAUGGAGAACCAGGACAUCGCCGCCAACUACAGAGAGGAGAACUCUGUUUUGGUUCCUUUGAUGCUACAUCGGCUGCGUGAGCUUCAGGAUAAGGAUGCUGAGAACAAAAGGGAAAUCAAACGACCCAGCCCCAGGAAGACCCUGAGUGAGCCUUUGCUCCCUUUAGAUGAGGAGACUGUUGAUGGAGGCUUUGAAGAGAAGUCCUUCACACCGGGUCGAAAUGGAACCGAAAAGGAAGGGUUAGGACCAGAAGAAGAGGGCGAAAUUUCAUUCCGUCUCAAUUCCCCUCACAAGACGAGCAGCCGUGCCAGCUCAGCUGUGAAGACCAUGAUGAAGCCCAUGUCUGCGCCCAGUUCCUUUACGCACCCCGGCAUGUCUGAUGGAAGCAGUUAUCUUCGAAGGAGGGCAGAGAGGGAGCACACUCGGACCUCAAAACAGAAAUUGAAUUUCUCUUUGCCCGAGCCAGAGAGAAACUUCAGCGAGCUUUCCAACAGCAGCUGGUCUGAGAUGAGCCCCUGGGUGAUAGGCAACAACUACCACCUGUACCCUUUGACCCCAGAGAUUGAGCAGAGGCUCAUCCUGCAGUAUCUCACACCUCUGGGGGAGUAUCAGGAGCUCCUGGCAGUGUUCAUGCAGAUGGGAGCUCGUGAGCUGCUCAUGCACUAUAUGGAUUUAAAGCAGACCAAUGAUGUACAACUCACUUUUGAGGCUCUUAAGUAUCUGGCUUCACUGCUUUUGCACAAGAAGUUCGCAGCAGAGUUUGUUGCUCAUGGAGGAGUUCAGAAGUUGUUGGACAUCCCUCGGCCCUCGAUGUCUGCUACUGGAGUGUCUCUAUGCCUGUAUUACUUAGCUUACAACCAGGAUGCCAUGGAAAGGGUGUGCAUGUUGCCGCACUCAGUCCUGUCAGAUGUGGUUGGUUACACGCUAUGGCUGCUUGAAUGCUCACACGCGUCAGGCUGCUGUCACGCUACCAUGUUCUUCUCCAUCUCCUUUUCUUUUCGGGCUGUCCUGGAGCUUUUUGACAAACAAGAUGGGCUCCGACGGCUUGUCAAUCUGAUCAGCACACUUGAAAUUCUGAACCCUGAGGAUCAGGGAGCUCUGCUGAGCGAUGAUGAGAUUUUCUCCAGCAGGCAGACAGCCAAGCACACCUGCAUGGCUCUGCGCAGGUACUUUGAGGCCCAUCUGGCAAUCAAGGUGGAACAGGUGAAGCAGUCUCUGCAGCGCACCGAGGGAGGUGCCCCCAUUCACUCACAGCCACAUUACAAGGCUGUCAGCUAUAGCCGUGAGCAGGUGGUGGAAAUGAUGGAGUUUCUCAUAGAGUACGGUCCUCUCCGUCUAUACUGGGAGCCGGCAGAAGUCUUUCACAAGCUGUCUUGUGUUCAGCUGCUCUUGCAGCUCAUAUCUAUUGCCUGCGACUGGAGGACGUACUAUGGCAGGAGCGAUACCGUGCGCUAUGCUCUUGACAUACUCAGUAUCCUCACCGUUGUUCCAAAGACUCAGCUUUUGUUGUCAGAAGCUGUUGCUGUUCUUGAUGAAGGAGGAUCUGCUGUUUCUACUGUUGGGAUGAGUAUAGUCCUGGCAGUAGCAGAAGGAGAGGUAUUUGUCAAUGAUGCGGAGAUUCAGAAGUCUGCUCUCCAGGUUGCCAUUAAUUGCGUUUGUGCCCCAGACAAACGCAUGUCCAGCAUUGGCAAGUUUAUUGCAGGCACCCCCCGUCGUCGCCUGCCACAGCAGAGCAAAGCCAAUGAGAGCGUGCUCACCAAGAUGUGGAAUGUGGUCCAAUCUAACAAUGGCAUCAAGGUGCUGCUCUCCCUGCUGACGGUGAAGAUGCCCAUUACGGAUGCAGAUCAGAUCCGAGCUCUGGCCUGUAAAGCUCUGGUGGGCCUGUCUCGCUCCAGCACCGUCAGACAGAUCAUCAGCAAGCUGCCUCUGUUCAGCAGUGGGCACAUCCAGCAGCUUAUGAAGGAGCCCGUGCUCCAGGACAAACGCAGCGAACACGUCAAGUUCUGCAAGUUCGCAGCUGAGUUGAUCGAGAGGAUCUCUGGGAAGCCGUUGCUGAUCGGUACAGAUGUGUCUCUGGCAUGGCUGCAGAGGGCCAGCGUCGUUGCUCAGUCCAGGAUCACCUUCCCCGAGAAAGAGCUGCUGCUUCUCAUUAGAAACCACCUUGUGGCAAAAGGCCUCAACGACACAGCAACCACACUGACCAAAGAGGCAGAACUCCCCAUGGCUUGUCUGUCACAUUCUUCACAUCCAACCUCUGCCUUCCCUUCUGUCGCUCCACCGCCCCCUGCCUCUCCAGUUGCUACGUUGCCCCGUACCCCACGCCUGGCCAACGGUGUCGGCUCAAGACUUGGAAGCCAUCCUUCUCAUUCAUCCACCCCCGCGUCCAGCCAUCCGCCAGCACGCCCCUCCACAUCGCAACCAGCUGGCCCGCCUUCUAACCCCUUCCCCUCUACAUCGGCCCCCCACUGUAACAGCGGCUCUCCGCUGAUCGGACGCAUCAUCUUUUCUAGAGAACGACAAGCAGCCUGUGGAACAGUGAGCUGCAAGAAGACCCGAGUGUUAAGGCAGAAGUCCGACCACGGAGCCUUCAGUCAGAGUCCAGCCAUGAAGAAACAGUUUGACAGACAUUUGCCCUCUCCGCCUGCAUUAGACAGCAUUAUCACGGAGUAUCUGAGGGAGCAGCACGCGCGCUGUAAAAACCCUGUUGCAACCUGCCCGCCUUUCUCUCUCUUCACUCCCCAUCAGUGUCCCGAGCCCAAACAGAGACGCCAAGCACCUAUUAAUUUUACAUCCCGACACACACGCAGAGUUAUAUAUCCAAAGUACGGAGGAGUAGAUGGAGGCUGCUUUGACAGACACCUGAUUUUCAGCAGAUUCCGUCCCAUCUCCGUCUUCAGGGAAGCAGACGAGGAUGAGAGUGGAUUCAUGUGUUGUGCCUUCUCAGCUCGUGAGCGUUUCCUGAUGCUGGGGACAUGUACAGGGCAGCUCAAGCUCUACAAUGUGUUUACAGGCCAGGAGGAGGCCAGCUACAGUUGUCACAGUUCAGCAAUCACUCACCUGGAGCCUUCACGGGAUGGUUCUCUGCUUUUAACGUCAGCCUCUUGGAGUUAUCCUCUGUCUGCACUGUGGGGUAUGAAAUCAGUGUUCAUCAUGAAACAUUCCUUUCUUGGAGACCAUUAUGUUGAAUUCAGUAAGCUUUCCCAAGACCGAGUCAUUGGGACUAAAGAACACGUGGCACGUAUUUACGACAUCCAGACAGGUCAUGUUACGCUGACUCUCAACAACCCAGACCUGGCUAACAACUACAAGAGGAACUGUGCCACCUUCAACCCAACAGAUGACCUGGUACUGAAUGACGGCGUUCUGUGGGAUGUCCGCACAGCUCAGGCCAUCCACAAGUUUGACAAGUUCAACAUGAACAUCAGCGGCGUGUUUCAUCCCAACGGCCUGGAGGUCAUCAUCAACACAGAAAUCUGGGAUCUGCGCACCUUCCACCUCCUCCACACAGUUCCGGCUCUGGACCAGUGCAGAAUAGUGUUCAACAACAGCGGCACAGUCAUCUAUGGAGCAAUGCUGCAAGCCGAUGAUGAGGACGACAUGAUGGAAAUGCAGAUGAAAAGUCCAUUCGGUUCAUCAUUCAGGACCUUUAAUGCCACAGAUUAUAAACCAAUCGCCACAAUUGAUGUGAAGAGGAAUAUAUUUGACCUUUGCACAGAUACUAAAGACUGCUACCUUGCUGUGAUUGAGAACCAAGACUCAGUCAACACUGACACUGUGUGUCGACUUUAUGAAGUUGGCCGGCAGAGACUUGCAGAGGAAGAGGAGGAGGAGGAGGAAGAUCAGGAGGAUGACGAUCAGGAGGAAGAUGACGAUGACGAUGAAGAUUCCGAUGAUGAUGUUGACACAGAUCCUCUCAUCGCUGAGCUGGAAAAUGAGAACGGUGGAGAGGAUGAGGAUGAGGAAGAUGAGGACGACGGUAAUGAGGAGUUCUCUCCGUCAGAUGAGGAAGUGGCCCGUCUUCUUGAGGACGAUGGAGACGCCGGAGAUGACGACGACGAUGAUGAUGAGGACGAUGACAAUGAUGACGAUGACUCUGAUAACGAGGAUGCCGAUCUGGAGGGUGACAACGACAGCUCGGACAACUCUGACCUUGAGGAUGACAUCAUCUUGUCCCUGAACGAGUGAGGAGGGUGAAGCCAGAGAAUCCAGAUAACCGGUCGGGUCUUUUGCCCCGGAGCGUCCAGUGGAGCAGAGCAGCAGGCAUGAAAACAGGGUAAAAUUGGUCCAUGGCGCAAAAGAUCCUUUGGAGCACUGCCAAUUUGAAACAGUAUAUGUAUGAACUCUUGGUGGAGAGUGUAAGAAAACAAAACAAGCAGGAAAAUAUUGGGAGGGGCGAGUGCACCGUUUGACUUAAUGUUGGACAAAAAUGAUUGUAUAUGGUAUAAUUUUAUAUAAAAAAAGUGGGCAUGAUGAGUGAAACGAUCAGUGUUUAAAUGGUGUGAAAGGAAAGUUUGAUAUUUUCCAUUUAUAGCUCUUUAGCGAGCUUCUUCAUUUAAAAAUGAUUCACUCAUUUGGUAAAUCUGAGUUUGGUCACAGAUUAGUUUGUUUUUCCAGAAGAAACUGCUGACUUUGCAGGAUUCGGUACUCUUGCAGGCCACGCUGAACCGUCACCAAAAAGAUACAGAAUUAUUGAAUUAGGCAGCUAAUGUAAUGCACAAACGUGUUCUGGUGAUUCAUUAAGCCUGGAAACCCACCCUCAGGUUUCACUGUCACCACAAGUUGACGACCAAGAGGCCACACACAGCAGUGCCAUCUCUUCACCUCCUGAUUUCAUUAUGUAGAUACACAUUAGAUCAGCUUGGUGCUCUAAUAAGGACGGAGACUGUAACACAAACCAAUAACACAUGUUCACUGUCGACAUGAGUGGAGGAA